AUGUCUGCCGUUACUCUGUUGACUAUGUCUUCGAACCACAUGCCCCAGAAGCACUUCGUGAAGCUCUCACGGCGCUUGGGAAUGCACUCGGGGGCGAAAAGCUCUGAACGAGCAACCGAAGAUAUCGACUUUGUUGUUCUUCGGGGACAUACUCCUGCUAUGAGAAAGCUGCUGCGGGACUCCCCCGACUUCGAGGUUGAAACAAGGAUAUACCACACGUGGUAUAGGGCUGCCAAACCUGUGGAGAUCGAGAUCCUCGCGCCUCCUGCUUUGUGCCGGGAAACGUUUGAUGAAACGACCGAAGUGAUCACAGUUCGAAACGUGAAGGUUCUAAAGCCGGCACUGCUUCUGAAUGCAAAAUGCGGAUCUAUACUCAGUCGGGCUAGUGAAUCUAAGAAGAGGACUGAUGCUCAAUAUAUUUUGUUCCUUCUUUAUUACUGCGCUGAAAACCCCAAUCACCUCCCCAAAGCUUCUGAGGUUCCAAACGCGAGCAAAGCCUUCGUUGAAGCUUUUGUCCGAAAGUAG